CGAGGCUCGUAUUUGCGGUGUGGGAUUGCAGGGGUGAUAUCUACCUUCCAAACUGCGGGUUAAUUAACGAUAUGGAUAUGUUAUAUAUAUCCACGGUUUCCUAUCUGGAAAAAAGGCUCACCCAUUUUCACAUCGUGGAAACCCGACAAGCAGAAAAUAUCCCGCAAUGGGCGCCUCAAACUCUACUCUCGCUCUGGAGACGUGCAUACAGAGCGUCUGUAAUGGACGCUUUGAAUGCUACCAUAUCCCGAGCAGCAGUGCAGACGUCGCCUGGAUCAAGCCGUACAAUCUCGACAUUCCUCGAUUUCCUCAGAUGGUCGUUCGUCCCAACAAUGCCACCGAGGUCGCCGGCGCAGUGAAAUGCGCAAACGAAAAUGGUUUCAAAGUCCAAGCUAGAUCUGGCGGGCACUCUUACGGAAAUUUCGCUCAGGGUGCCGGCGAUGAGACUGGCAUGAUGAUCGACUUGGUAAAUCUUCAGAGCUUCCAAAUGGACAACACUACUUGGCAAGCGAGCGUUGGAUCAGGAUUCAGACUGGAUGGACUCGACAAACUGCUUCAUGCAAAUGGCGGCAGGGCUAUUGCACAUGGUACUUGUCCGGGGGUUGGAGUUGGAGGGCAUGCAACUGUGGGAGGACUAGGCCCCAUGUCCAGAAUGUGGGGAGCCGCACUCGACCAUGUCCUAGAAGUCGAAGUCGUUACAGCUGACGGUCAAAUAUUACGAGCCAAUGAAAACGAAAACGACGACCUGUUUUGGGCCAUCCGAGGUGCCGGAGCCAGCUUUGGCAUCGUCACUGAGUUUGUCUUCAAGACGCACCCUGAGCCCGGCAGUGUCGUCGAGUACACUUAUAGCUUCAGCUUUGGCAACCAGAAGGAAAUGGCGCCCGUAUUCGAACAAUGGCAGGAGUUGGUGUACGAUCCUAAUCUUGACCGACGCUUCUCAACAUUGUUCAUUGCGGAGCCUCUUGGCGCUCUCAUCACCGGCACGUUUUACGGUACGCAAGAAGAAUUCGACCAGACAGGAAUCAAGGAUAGAAUUCCCGUUGGUGGAGACGUCAAUCUUGCUAUUGUAGAUUGGAUGGGAAGCUUGGCUCAUAUUGCAGAGACGACUGCGUUGUAUCUGAGUGACCUCUCCACGCCGUUUGCCAGCAAGUCGCUGGCAUUCGACAGAAACGACAAGUUGAGUAAAGACUCCAUUGAUGGAUUAUUCAACUACAUGGAUAGCACCGACGCGCAAACUUUGCUUUGGUUCAUCAUCUUCAACUCUGAGGGAGGCGCCAUGGCAGAUACCCCAUACAACGCCACUGCUUACCCGCAUCGCGAUGCAAUCAUGAUGUAUCAAUCCUAUGCCAUUGGAAUCCCGGCGUUACUCCAAGGAACGAGAGAUUUUGUCUCUGGAGUUCAUCAAAAGAUUCAGCAAGGAGCUCCUGAGGCCAACACGACAUAUGCUGGUUAUGUUGAUGUUUCGCUGAGCAGAACGGAUGCCCAGUGGACGUACUGGGGUGACAAGGUGCCGAAACUGCAGGAGAUUAAGCAACGUUAUGAUGCUGGGAACAUUUUUCUGAACCCUCAGAGCGUUGAUUUACCAUGAGAAGAGGUUGAGAGGGAGUCGGGAGGGUGGAAAUAUUGAUACCAAUCAUGAUUAUCGUUCUCUCACCGUCGAGUGUUGUUUCUAGACAUUAGAACAGCAUUGUUUUUGGAUGGGGCUUUUAGUUGAUAGCUUCAAGGUGUUGAUGAGCAAUAGAAGGAUGCAAUAUCUUUCUAGAUUCAUUUUAAGCUACUGUAUUAUAAUUUUCGAAUAGGUCCAUAGGAGUUGGAAGGUGAGGGUUUUCCUUUGUUU